AAAUAAAAGCUAUACAGAAAGGGGGGAAAAUGGAGGCAUUAAAGAGAGGGUUGAUGUUGUUACUGGUUUUCAUGGUUUUGCAGAGAGGAGACGGGCAAUUAUCGGAGAAUUUCUACAGGAGUACUUGUCCGAAUCUAGAAUUUAUAGUGAGGCAACAAGUGUUCACCAAGUUUAGUCAAACGUUCGUUACAAUCCCUGCCACUCUGCGCUUGUUUUUCCAUGAUUGCUUUGUCGAGGGAUGUGAUGCAUCAGUCAUGAUUUCAUCGCCAAACGGAGAUGCGGAAAAGGAUGCCGAAGACAAUCUCUCCCUCGCAGGCGACGGAUUCGAUACCGUAAUCAAGACAAAGCAGGCAGUGGAAAUACUAUGCCCUGGAAUUGUCUCUUGUGCUGACAUUUUGGCACUUGCAGCAAGGGAUGUUGUAGUCCUGGCUGGUGGCCCUUCUUGGGAAGUCGAAUUAGGACGUCGAGACGGCCUCAGAUCGCAAGCGUCUAGGGUAGCCGGAAACUUACCAGACCCUGAAUUCAACCUUGCUCAACUCAACACCAUUUUUGCCAGAAACAACCUUACGCAAUUCGAUAUGAUUGCACUCUCAGGAGCACAUACCGUAGGCUUCUCUCAUUGCAACCGGUUUACGAAUCGCAUACACUCGUUCUCUUCAUCUUCUCCUGUCGAUCCUGCUUUGGACCCGAACUACGCACAACAGUUGAUGCAAUUGUGCCCUCGGAAUGUAGACCCCAGCAUUGCCAUCAACAUGGAUCCUGAAACCCCACGAAGUUUCGACAAUGUGUAUUACCAGAAUCUAGUUUCUGGGAAGGGAUUGUUCACAUCAGAUCAGGUGCUUUUCAGUGAUGAAGCAUCACAGCCAACUGUAAGUGAUUUUGCCAGAAACACUGGUAACUUUAAUGGAGCAUUUAUCACAUCAAUGAGGAAGCUUGGAAGGGUGGGAGUCAAAACUGGAAAUGAAGGACAGAUAAGAAUAGACUGUACAAGAUUUAAUUCGUGAAUGGAGAGGAUGAAUAACAAAGGAGUUUCUUCCUUCAUUGAAGAAGACAUAAAAAUGAUAUAAACUUUGGUGUCAAUGGUGGUUGUAAA